CCUCAUCCAUCCAAAUCCUCAAUAGCAGCAUUCUGCAUUUACAUUCCAGAUGGCACCACAGAUCCAUGACAAAGCUGUUUUGGUUUUUUCCUUUCCUGUUAUACUCUCAACAAGAGAUUCAUUCAGAACACAUAAUAUUCAAGCAGUUGACAUUUUACCCCACAUAUCACUUGAGGCAAGUAAGGGUCAGAGAGUGGUUUUGCUACAUGAAGAAAUCAUGUGCAUUUUCUUUAUUAGUGUUUUGAUUCUCACAAGGUCAAGCAGCUUGAUCAAGCAAGUUUCAGUUAUCAUCCUCUUCCAGAAGUGAAGCUUUUCUUCAGGAAAACACAUGAUUUGAUAAGGAACUUUAGAACAUUUCAGAAUGCACAAGGGCUGGAAUGUUUCUUGGGAACUUGACAGACUGUGAUAGCAUCCACUUACAGUUUUACACACAUGGAUAUUUACAAAAACUUCCCUGCAUCUCUUUCACCUUUGAAAUCCCUAUUGAGUUCAUCUGGGUUAACUUGCUCAAGUUCCUUCUUCCUGCAUCCUUUAUUUUCCCCUCUGCAAAAACUGUGUUGCUUCAAACUUUUAACAGGUCUAGCAAAACCAACUAGACCCUUCUGGCACCAAUCACAGACUCACUGAGUUUGGAAGGCAGUUCUGAGGCCCUGUGGUCUAACCCCCUGCUGCAGCAGAGCCAUUUGGAGCUGGUUGUCCUUGACUGUGUCCAAAUGGCUUUUGCAGAUCUCCAGUGGAGGAGACUCGACAAACUCUCUGACAGCCUGUGCCAGUGCCAAGUCACCCUCACAGAAAAAGGGAUUCCUGAUAUUCAGAGAGCACAGCCUGUGUUUCAGUCUGUGGUCACUGCCUCUGGUCCAGUCACUAGGCACUCCCAUGGAAAAAUAUAUAGACAGGUCAGAUUUUUACCAUAAUUAGGAAAAAUACAGAAGCAGCCCCACACUAGCUAAAAGAUAUCAAUGUUAAUACUUUUCAUCUGACUUCCUAAUGAAAUGGAUGUUGGUCACUCCCACUACCUGUUCUUUCCUAUUUUCUUUUGAGUCUGUCAGCCGUUUUUCACCAUAUUUAGAGCCCUGUGCACAGCUUCAAAGACAAGUGAAAACUUAAAAGUUCUUAAUCCUUCAAACUUAAAAAAAAAAUUAUAGAGGGACAGAGAGGCUCAGAUUAAUGAUUCAUUAGGACAAAUGACAAGAAGAACAUGGGUCUUUUAUCUCCUUGCUCUUUUAGCAGUAACUAACUGCUGGUACAUCACAGUACACAGACCUCUGAAUCAAUCACAGACUGCCAUUUCUUGCCUGACCUUGUAAAUGGAAUUAUUACAGUGUCAACACAGGCAAAGGCCAGACUUCAUUAGUUCUGCAGCCCAUGGGAUGUACCCUCUUUUUGUUGCAGUAUUUGCUUCUCAAUAUAGAAUUAAACUGCACUUACCUUAAUCUAAGACAUUCUAUCACAGUGCAAUGAGUUUUGGUCUGCAUAUACUAUUUUGCACAGUGUUGAAAUGGUGCGAAAAGAGUGCCUAAACAAAGCUAUAGUAAAUGCAUGCAAAAAUAGCAGUCCUCUGUAACAAACUAAGCAGCCUUAGAUCAAACAUGUUUGAAUCUAGAAACAGUCUGCCCACUGCAGGAGCUUGUAGUUAUUGGGCAGGUAAAAAGGUGUUGGCCUGUCUCACAGAGCACAUGUAAUUAAUCAAGAAAUAACAGAUUUUUCUGCUGCUUUUUAAGAGGGAAGGAUGCAGAAGAAAAUGAGAAGUUGCCCCCUUGCCCAUUUCAUGCUAAUUAAUGCAUUCAGAAGCUGUACUGAAAGGAAUUUAAACUCGUGAUAGUCAUAAGAGGACAGAUCAAAGGAGAAAAAACCAGACCAAGUCAAAGAAAGCUGCAUAUGCCUUCAGUUAACAGACAGAAUACAGGUCUGAAGGAGGUUUGAGCAGGACCAACCUCACAAAAUGCCCAGGAGAUAUAACCACCUGGACAGCAACUACUUCAGAGGGAAAGGACAUGUCUAUUUUGCAGCAGAAGAAGCUCUGGGUAUUGGACUUUUCAUUUUGGUGCUGGCAAUUUUACUUGCCUUUGGCUGCUGGUAUUACAAAAGACGUAGUGGCUACAAAAGUCUGCGGAGCAAAAGCUCUAGUGUGAGCACAAUACGAAACGUGGUAGAUGAGGGGGAAAUACUGGACUGCAAAAUGGCUCUGCAGGACUACAGAGACUUUAAUUCUGUGGUACCUGAUGCUCCACCAGCUUAUGACAAAAUUGCUGCAGAUCAGUCACCACCUCCUUAUUCACCAUGAUACCAUGAAAUUUGAAACCCUAGACAUAGUGAUUCCAUUUACUCAUGCUAGCUCAUUUCCUGUAAAUGCUUAACUUCCUUAAAGCUAAAAUCAUACGAAAGAAAACAACAUGUCUUCACUAGCAGUUGCUGAAAACUAUUCCCACUUAAUUUACAGAACUGGUCCUUGAAAUGCCUCAAUAAAUAUGAAUGUGCUUUUGUUUUAAGCUUUUCACUUUUUGCAGUCAGAUUAAUACAUUAUGGUCUGGUCAUCUUGAAUCCUUCAUAGGUCUACACAGAUCUGUAGUCACACACUAUUCAGUAUCAAUCAGAGUAAAAAGUGACAGCACCUUUGUCUUCAUCUUCCUCAUUUAGUUUCCCUUUCUUUAAAAAAAUAAUAAAAAGCUCCAAAAAAUCAAAACAACAACAGACACACACACACAAAACCCACCAAAAACCAAAACCAAAAAAUCCCAAACAACUAUUCCUUAGAAUGUGAUGUAAAAGAAUCUGUCACAAAAUGAACCAAACCAUUUGAUUACAUGUCCUCUUACAAACUGUUUUCUCACCAGCAAUAUUAAAAUCAACUUCCAAAAAGUCACUAUGUUUUACAACACACUUUAACCUCACAUCACUUGUUAUGUACCAGAAAUGAAUUAAUUCUUUAUAAAACAUGAUCAAUCUAGGCAAUCUAGGAGUUUCUGCUUGGAGUCCAUAUUAUUUCAUACUGCAAUGGAUAUGACAUCAUCUUUCAUCACUUCCUUGUGGCAGUCAUAUGAGAGAGGAAAAGAACUUUUUUAAUAUAAAGACUUACAUGUCAUUUCUUUGUAAUAUGAUGAAACUAUAUAAGAAAAUGCACAAAAACUAUUUUUCUUGAAGAAUACAGAAGACAGCAGGCUUCUAGAUGUUAAUUUUCCUAGCUUGCUAGAACACUAGCAGUAAUAAAAACCAAAGGAUUUUGAUAUGCAUAAACUGGCUAUAUACAUUUGAUAGUUACUGUUUACUCAGCCUUUUUGUUAUUGCUUGCUUGCCAGAUUAUUACUUAAGAUUAUAUGCAGAGCAAUAAAUUUAUACACAAGGCCUGAUAUCUCACACCAGGAGGCAGCUAGAAUGGUACAACAUUCAUUAAAAUCAAAAGUAGUUACAGAAGAAAACUGAUUUAAUAAAGCAAUUAUUAACUGCUAUUAGUAAAGAAUCUAGUUCUUUGUCAUCAAAUACUCAAAUACAAACAUUAAAACAAAAUAAGUUUUCAACACAAGGCACAGCUACUUGCUUAACAUAAGCUCCAUUUGUGUUGACAAAUAACAAAGAUGGGUUUUUUGAAAUGUUUCUUCUGUAAUAAAAAUGUUUAUAUAGAUUAGUAAAAUUGUUGGAAGGUAAUAAAUAUCAGUAAUUCCUCUGAAAGGUUAUAAUCCAUCCAUAUGUUUUUAUAAAUGUAGUUGAUAUAUUUAUUUACAAACUUAGGGCCGUAUUUUUGAAUUUUAACCUAAAAAGCUGUCUUACCUGUCUCAUUUCCAAUAUCUGCCUGACAGGAAAAAACCUGUGGAAUUAUUUAGUAACAGAAAGAAGAAUACACAGGAAAACAUAAAAAAUGCCAUCUUAUAGCUAGUAAGCACCAGAGAUAUAGAACACAAUGGCUGACUAAUUUUCUUACAGGACUGGUAAGCUAAAGCUUGGGGCUGAUAUCUUCAGCAACUCAGCGCUCUGUAUUUCUCUACUCUAGGGGAGCAUCCUUUCAAAAGACUGUAGUAUUCCAGUGGAACAGAACUGACAUACACAGUAAUUUUCUCAUGUCUGAGAAAAAAAAUUAAUAGAACUUAUUUAUGAAGAAGUGACUAGAGUUCAAAAAUUUUUACUUGAUUGCACACAUUUUUAGUAGUGUCAGAAUUAAAUAUAUUACCAGAUGUUGCAAAAGCUCAUGAGGAAGUUAACACUGAUGAAGUAGAAAUAUUAAUUUCUUCAUGGGACUACGUAAGGCUAAAUUAUUAAAACUCCUCAGCAGCCAGAACUGGAACAAUUAAACUUUGAGCUGAAUUUAUAGACACUUAAAGGAUAGGUAAGCUCCCUUAGAAACCUAUCCUUAGUUUUCAGAAAGCCAUCUCCUUUUUUCUCCUGGUGAAAAUAGUAUUUUUGCUUUAUAGACACAGUUAGCCAGUGGUCUCAGA